AUGAGCGUCAACAGCCAGGACGAGUACUUACUCGAGGAUCAUGGAUCUCAAGAAGAGGAAAUCACUUACGGAUCUACGGUCAGAUCUCCCAUGGACCUUAUCAGACCAGAUGAGACGGAGAACCUUAGGCGGAUUGCCACCCAGCAGUCAGAGAAGUCGCGCAGACGGUCAGGGGCAGGCGCUAUAGAGACGCCCGCUAUCGCAGAGGAUGACCCUGCGUUGGAUCCGCGGUCGGUGGAAUUCAAUCUGGAACAGUGGCUCAGAACUGUGGUGGCAGACGCCGAAGGGAAAGGUCUGUCAGCUCCACAGGCCGGAAUUGUCUUCAAACAAUUGAAUGUCUCCGGGUCUGGGGCCGCCCUUCAGCUACAGGACACGGUUGGUUCGACCUUGGCGAUGCCCUUGCGACUUCCGGAACUGCUUCGCCAGAGGCAUUCUCCAUCUCGACUGAUCCUCAAGUCGUUCAAUGGCCUGAUGAAGAGCGGGGAGCUGUUGCUGGUACUUGGGCGUCCAGGGGCGGGUUGCAGCACCUUCCUCAAGACACUCUGCGGCGAGACUCAUGGGCUUGACGUCAAUCCGACGAGUGUUCUACAUUACAACGGCGUUUCUCAAGCACGCAUGAUGAAAGAGUUCAAAGGCGAAGUUGUCUAUAACCAAGAGGUAGAUAAGCACUUUCCCCAUCUCACUGUGGGACAAACACUCGAGUUUGCAGCCGCCGCUCGCACUCCCUCGCACCGGUUCCGCAAUAUGUCCCGGGACGAGUAUGCCAAGUACGCAGCCCAGGUGAUCAUGGCGGUAUUUGGCCUGAGCCACACCUAUAACACGAAAGUUGGAAAUGACUUUGUUCGUGGAGUCUCCGGAGGGGAACGCAAACGAGUCUCGAUAGCGGAAAUGGCUCUCGCUGCGACGCCUCUCGCAGCUUGGGAUAAUUCCACUCGUGGGCUGGACUCGGCCACCGCUCUCAAGUUCAUCGAGUCUCUCCGACUACUGGCCGAUCUGGCAGGAACUGCGCAUGCCGUGGCAAUCUACCAGGCCAGUCAAAGUAUAUAUGACCUCUUUGACAAUGUCACUGUCCUCUAUGAAGGGCGUCAAAUCUUCUUCGGGCAAACGUCUACUGCAAAGGGCUUUUUCGAAGGGCAAGGCUGGGAAUGCCCUUCUCGACAAACGACGGGCGACUUUCUCACCUCAAUCACGAAUCCGCAGGAGCGACGCCCGCGUGCUGGUAUGGAGAAAGUCGUUCCCCAUACACCAGAGGAUUUUGAGAAGUACUGGCUUCAGUCGCCAGAGUAUCAACGUCUACAGGAGCAAAUCGAGGAAUUUGAGACUUUACAUCCCCCAGGCGACGAUGAGACAGCUGCCGCUCACUUUCGAAAGAGGAAGCAGGACGUGCAGUCCAAAAACAGCCGGCCAGGAUCCCCAUACCUGAUCAGCGUACCGAUGCAGAUCAAGCUGAACACGAGACGAGCAUACCAACGGUUGUGGAACGACAUUUCCUCGACCCUAUCAACCAUAAUUGGUAAUAUUGUCAUGGCUCUCAUUAUUGGUUCCGUUUUUUAUGGAUCCACCGACACUACAGCAAGCUUGGCUUCAAAGGGCGCAACGCUGUUCUUCGCAGUCUUACUGAAUGCAUUGACUGCGAUGUCGGAAAUCAACAGUCUGUAUUCCCAACGCCCAAUUGUUGAGAAGCAGGUGUCCUACGCAUUUUACCAUCCUUCAACAGAAGCAAUCGCCGGAGUGAUCAGUGACAUUCCAGUCAAAUUCGUCCUUGCUGUGGUCUUCAAUAUCAUCCUAUACUUCCUAGCGAACCUUCGCAGGGAGCCAUCACAGUUCUUCAUCUACUUCUUGAUCACUUUCAUCAUUAUGUUUGUCAUGAGCGCGGUAUUCCGGACAAUGGCUGCAGUGACAAAAACAGCCUCACAGGCAAUGGGUCUGGCUGGCGUUUUAAUUCUUGCGCUGAUUGUCUACACCGGCUAUGUCCUUCCAGUGCCCUCGAUGCAUCCUUGGUUUGAAUGGAUCCAUUAUAUCAAUCCAAUCUACUACGCCUUUGAGAUCCUGAUUGCAAAUGAGUUUCAUGGCCGUGAUUUCCCGUGCGCCAGCUUCGUGCCCGCUUAUGCAGACCUCUCCGGUGACAGCUUCUCUUGUUCUGCUUCUGGCUCUGUAGCCGGUCAAACUACGGUUAGUGGUGACCGCUAUAUCUUCUACAACUACAAGUAUAGCUACGAUCACGUUUGGCGGAAUUUCGGGAUCUUGAUUGCCUUUCUCAUUGGCUUUAUGACCAUCUACUUUUUGGCUUCAGAGCUAAAUUCGUCCACCACCAGUACCGCUGAGGCCUUGGUCUUCCGGCGUAAUCAUCAGCCCGAGCACGUGCGUGCAGGAAAUGUUAAAUCCACUUCCGAUGAAGAGAAUGGCAUCGAGAUGGGUCCUGUCAAACCUGCGCACGAGACAACCUCGGGUGAACUUGCUCUGCCACCGCAGCAAGAUAUAUUCACGUGGCGUGAUGUUUGCUAUGAUAUCGAGAUCAAAGGGGAACCAAGGCGCCUGCUUGAUCAUGUUUCCGGCUGGGUUAAACCUGGCACUCUAACCGCAUUGAUGGGUGUAAGCGGAGCAGGUAAAACUACCCUGCUUGAUGUCCUGGCGCACCGAACCAGCAUGGGUGUCAUUACCGGGGAUAUGUUUGUCAAUGGGAAACCCUUGGACACAAGCUUCCAGAGAAAGACGGGAUACGUUCAGCAGCAAGAUCUUCAUCUUGAAACUGCUACUGUGCGGGAAUCAUUGCGUUUCAGUGCCCUACUGCGUCAACCACCCACAGUCUCAAUUCAGGAGAAAUAUGACUAUGUUGAAGACGUGAUUCGCAUGCUGAGAAUGGAGGAAUUCGCCGAAGCCAUUGUUGGAGUUCCAGGUGAAGGGUUGAACGUCGAACAACGCAAGCUACUGACCAUCGGCGUGGAACUUGCUGCAAAACCCAAGCUGCUUCUUUUCCUCGACGAGCCGACAAGUGGCCUGGAUUCGCAGAGUUCGUGGGCUAUUUGCUCAUUCCUGCGUAGGUUGGCCGAUAGCGGGCAAGCCAUUCUGUGUACCAUCCACCAGCCAAGCGCCAUUCUCUUCCAGGAGUUCGAUCAGCUACUGUUCCUUGCAAAAGGUGGCAAGACUGUCUAUUUUGGUCCUGUGGGGGACAACUCUCGCACUCUACUCGACUACUUUGAGUCAAACGGGGGACGGAAAUGCGGCGAAUUAGAGAACCCUGCGGAGUACAUGAUCGAAAUCGUCAACGCCAGAACCAACGACAAAGGACAGGAUUGGUUUGAUGUUUGGAAGCAGAGUCCCGAGAGCCGGGCGGUCCAGGAUGAGAUUGACCGCAUCCACGAAGAAAGGAAAUCCACCCAGCAAGAGGACGAUGAUCAGGCGCACACUGAAUUCGCGAUGCCCUUUUGGUUUCAAUUGUACGUCGUUUCGCGCCGUGUCUUCCAGCAGUACUGGCGAAUGCCGGAGUACAUCAGCUCCAAAUGGGGUUUGGCCAUCAUGGCUGGCUUGUUCAUCGGCUUCUCCUUCUUCGAUGCCAAACCAUCGCUAGCGGGCAUGCAGACAGUCGUUUUCUCCUUAUUCAUGGUUUGCUCGAUCUUUGCGUCUCUUGUUCAGCAGAUCAUGCCCCUGUUUGUCACGCAACGAUCAUUAUACGAAGUGCGCGAACGUCCCAGCAAGGCGUACUCAUGGAAGGCCUUCUUGAUUGCCAAUAUCGCGGUGGAGAUGCCAUAUCAGAUCGUGAUGGGAAUCCUCACCUUUGCCUGCUACUAUUUCCCCGUUGUAGGCGCCAAUCAAUCAUCUGAGCGGCAGGGGCUGGUUCUGCUUUACUGCAUACAGUUCUACAUUUACGCCAGCACAUUUGCCCACAUGGUGAUCGCAGCAAUCUCAGAUACGCAGACCGCCAGCCCCAUUGUGGUUCUCCUGUUUUCAAUGUCGCUGACAUUCUGCGGUGUGAUGCAAGCCCCAUCCGCCCUACCGGGUUUCUGGAUCUUUAUGUAUCGCGUCUCGCCCUUUACAUACUGGAUCGGCGGCAUGGCAUCAACGCAGAUACACGACAGGAAGGUUGUCUGCUCGGCCACGGAACUCUCUGUCUUCGACCCCCCAGCAAACCAAACCUGCUACGAGUACAUGGCAGAAUAUAUGGAACUUGCCGGGGGCCAACUGCAGAAUCCCGAUGCGAGGUCAGAUUGCAAGUUCUGCUCCCUGACCGUGGCGGACCAGUUUCUCGCUGCGAGUGAUAUUGAGUGGUCAGAACGCUGGCGCAAUUUCGGUAUAAUCUGGGCCUAUGUCGUUUUCAACAUCUUCAUGGCGACGGUCUUGUACUACCUUUUCCGGGUCAGGAGGUGGGAUCUUGCUAGCAUCAAGGAGAGGUUCGGAAGAAAGUGA